UCCUGUUUUGGUACUUCCGGUUUAAACUUCAAAGCCGCUGCGCCACGCUAAUAUUUUGGAUAAGGCAUUAUUUGCCGAAAUAAAGAACUGACGAAAAAUAUCGGCGCCCUGGAAUGGAUAUAAUUAAAGCUGAAAUAGCCAGAAAGAGGAAGCUCCUCGAAGAGAAACAGCUUGUUGACGAAAACAAAAAGUACUUCAAAAGGGGCGAUCUUGCUCGCAAGGAACAAGAGGAUUACUUCAGAAGAUGUGGAUAUAAGGUUCAGAGAGAGACUCCCGAGAGCCAGAUUGAAAAUGCGGAGGAAGAUGAGCCAUCCACCUCAGCCACUCCAGUGUUAGAAAUGGAACUAACUGAAGAGAAGCUGCCAAUGACUCUGUCACGACAGGAGGUAAUACGACGACUUCGAGAAAGAGGGGAACCAGUUCGACUUUUUGGAGAAUCUGACUAUGAUGCCUUCCAAAGACUUAGGAAGAUUGAGAUUCUGACCCCAGAAGUAAACAAGGGUUUGAGGAACGACCUGAAAGCAGCCAUGGACAAGAUUGACCAGCAGUACCUGAAUGAGAUAGUUGGAGGAACAGAGGCAGGAGAAGUGGACACACAGCACGACCUUAAAGUACACGAAGAAAACACCACUAUAGAAGAACUGGAGGCUCUGGGUAAAACCCUGGGAACAGGAGAUGACAAUUGGGACCAGGACGUCAUUGACAAGUUUUUGAGGUUUCUGCUCGGUGUUUGGGCCAAGGAUCUGAACAAAAGAGAGGACCAUGUGAAGCGCGGUGUUCAGGGCAAACUGGCCAGUGCAACACACUCACAGACGGAGUCGUACCUCAAACCUCUCUUCAGGAAACUCAGGAAGAAGAGUUUACCAGGUGACAUCAAAGAGUCAAUCACCGACAUUAUUAAAUUCAUGUUGGAGAGAGAAUAUGUCAAGGCGAAUGACGCUUACCUGCAGAUGGCCAUUGGAAAUGCUCCCUGGCCAAUUGGUGUGACCAUGGUGGGCAUCCAUGCCCGUACGGGGCGAGAAAAGAUUUUCUCCAAACACGUGGCGCACGUUCUCAACGAUGAAACGCAAAGGAAAUACAUUCAGGGACUGAAGAGGCUGAUGACCAUCUGCCAGAAACACUUCACCACUGUUCCGUCAAAGUGUGUAGAGUACAAUGCUCUUUAAGUGUCCAGUCCAUCGUGUCAUCAGAUAAUGUUGUCAAGAGCUCUUCACUUUUGGAUUUUGGUCUUUCUCAAGUGCGGUUGUGGAAGAACAAUUGAAGAACGUUCACAUUUAUGGAUGUUUUGAAGAGUCGGAUCCAUUUUCUACAAUUUUCUGUAAUAUUAAAUAUAUAUCAUGAGCUACUGAACUGAUCUUCCCCUUCCAUGCUUUCUUUUGGUGUCUUUUUAUUUUUUCCAUGGUGUGGCUAAGCUAAGUGUUAUUUGCAGAGAAAGAUCCACUAUGUGUAAGUUUCAUUACAUCUGAGAUAUUAAAGUUCUGCUGAGUCUG